GCCCUCUUGAAAUUAUUUUUCCCUGGACUCGCUCUUUUAUUUGCCCUCCUCAAUAUCCGAAAGCCGCAGUUUUAUUUCAGUCCUGCAAUAACUCUUCUACCCAGAAAAAACCUCCCUUGCGAACAUGAACAACGCCCAACGUCAGCAACUGCAACAGCAGCAGCAGCAACAACAACAGCAAUUCAAAUUACGAAAUCCCACCCAAUACCAUCUGCAAAUGCAACAAGCCAGGUCAAGCCAGCAAGGAAGUAAGCCUGGGAACCCUGAUUACUAUAAUGUUGACUCUCAGCUGUGGUCAAGUGAUUUCUUCAAUAGCUUGCAACAGCAUCAGAGCAACGAAUCUCCCAAGCUAGAGGAUAUGGACUUUGGUGAUACUGUAAACACCAGUAUGGUGUCACCUCACUCCACAAGCUCUCCACUCCACGAAUUCGAAGACAUGAAUGACUUCACUGUCACAGGUCCUUCCACCAAUCCUUCUUCAUUUGGCACUCAUGGCUCAUUUGAGAAGCAGCCUCAUAUUGCCAUGUCAGCCCCUGCUAAUAUUGGAUUUGCCGGCCAAGCAUUCGGCAGCUCCUAUCCCAAUAACACUGCUUUUGGCUCCCAUAUGCCUUCAAGCUCGCUUAGAAUGCAGGCUGAUGAUGCCGCCGAUUUAGCCGGAAGCUUGGAUGAUGAAUAUAGUGUCCAACUAAACUUGCAAGGCAUGAUGGAAAAACGCCGUCGACGCAGAGAAUCACACAAUGCCGUCGAAAGACGACGAAGAGAUAACAUUAACGAUCGCAUUCAUGAGCUUGGUACUUUGUUACCUGAUCUCGAGAAUGAUGGUAUCAACAAGCCCAACAAGGGAUAUAUCCUGCGCAAGAGCGUUGAACAAAUCAAGACAUUGCAGCAUGAAGUAACUGAAUACUCUGUGCGAGUCAAGGAAUUGGAGAAGAUGCUUGAACAGUAUCGUUUAGCCCAACCAUCUAACCAAUCUUAAUUUAUUCUACACCUUUUCAUAUCAUCCCUCUUGUAUAGUCGCAUCCUUCUUCCCCUUUCUCCGCUACUUGUAAAAUCUUUUUCUACUUGCAACCAAACCCGUCUCUUCCCGCGAACAUACAUUUUGUUUGUUCCAUGAAGAAUUUCGUUGCACCUUUUUUCGCCCAUCAUACCAUUCCCCCCCCCCCUUCCCCUUGAUUUUGCUUCCGCGUAGAGCGAAUUUCCUUCACUAUGCUGGGAUU